AGCCCUGUGAUGAAUGGGCCGAUUAUGCUCAACCCAAGGGCCCGGCCCAUACGUUCCAACCAUUCUCUAAAACCCUAAUCCAGACCUAGCUUCUUCAUCAUUACACUCGCAGCAGCAGCACAAAGCCAGAAGGAGGUGCAACCAUGGGGGCGUAUACGUAUGUGUCGGAGCUAUGGAGAAAGAAGCAGUCAGAUGUCAUGAGGUUCAUGCAGCGGGUCAGGUGCUGGGAGUACCGUCAGCUUCCUUCCAUUGUUCGGGUCACUCAUCCUACCCGACCCGACAAGGCUCGCCGAAUGGGGUACAAAGCCAAACAGGGCUAUGUGAUUUAUCGUGUACGAGUAAGGCGUGGUGGAAGAAAGAGGCCAGUUCCCAAGGGUAUUGUUUACGGAAAACCCACAAACCAGGGUGUGACUCAGCUUAAGUUCCAACGUAGCAAGCGGUCAGUUGCAGAGGAACGAGCCGGAAGGAAGUUAGGUGGUCUUAAGGUCCUCAAUUCUUACUGGCUUAACGAGGACUCAACUUACAAGUACUUUGAGGUAAUCUUGGUUGACCCUGCACAUGCUGCUAUCCGUAACGACCCACGGAUCAACUGGAUCUGUAACCCGGUGCAUAAACACAGAGAGCUUCGCGGACUAACAUCUGCUGGAAAGAAAUACAGAGGUCUGCGUGGAAAGGGACACUUGAACCACAAGGCGCGCCCUUCAAGAAGGGCUACAUGGAAAAGGAACAACACUCUUUCUCUUCGCCGUUAUCGUUGAAGGGUUUAUUAUUUGCAAGUUUGUUAUGGUGGUUACUACACCUUUUGUAGGGAUGUUUUUUCUUGGGCUGGAGACUUGCAGUUUUUUAUUAAAUUUUGUUCGAAACUUUGUUUUGUUUGUUGUAUUAUUAUCUGAAGUAUUUUUUACAGUAACACCUUUAUAUAU